AUGCCACCGAAGCAGGGCAAGGUUCAACACGAAAAGACAAUACAGCAGAAGGCUAGAUCUGUUCUUCCUUUAUCUUCUGUCUUCUCUGAUAUUUAUCAAGAGUAUCGUCAAACGACACCUUUGAAGUUGAAGUUGAUUGAUGUUUAUCUUGUAUAUGUAUUUUUCACAGGUGUUAUUCAGUUCAUCUACUGCUGCUUAGUUGGCACAUUCCCUUUCAACGCAUUUCUUGCCGGUUUUAUUUCUUCUGUUACUUCAUUCAUCUUGGCUGUGUGUCUUCGCAUGCAUAGCAAUCCCCAAAAUAAGGACGUUUUUCCCGACUAUAUGCCCGAAUGGGCCUUUGGAAAUUUCAUUUUUGCUCACGUCGUGCUUCACCUAGCAGUGUUCAAUUUCAUGGGCUGA